GGGAUGGACACGGGAUGGACACGGGAUGGACACGCUACCCCCGCUCCGGCCGCAGCUGCUGACCGGACACGGSAUGGACACGGCAUGGACACGGCAUGGACACGGGAUGGACACGGCAUGGACACGCUACCCCCGCUCCGGCCGCAGCUGCUGACCGGACACGGCAUGGACACGGCAUGGACACGGGAUGGACAUGGGAUGGACACAGGAUGGACAUGGGAUGGACACGGCAUGGACACGGCAUGGACACGGGAUGGACACGGCAUGGACACGGCAUGGACACGGGAUGGACAUGGGAUGGACACGCUACCCCCGCUCCGGCCGGAGCUGCUGACCAGGACAGAGGGACACAGGGACAUGGAUGGACAGCUAUGGACACGGGAUGGACACGGAAUGGACAGCUAUGGACAGCUACGGACACUGGAUGGACACCCGGGGACAGCUGGACAUCUUCUCAUGGACAUUGGGGACACCUGGGGACACAGCGUGGACACCUGGGGACAGCUGAGGAUCCCUCCAAGAACCUUGGGGACACCUGGGGACAGGGCAUGGACAGCUGAAGGUGCCCCAAUGGACAUUGGGGACACUCGGGGACACAGCACGGACAGCUGGGGACAGCUGAGGAUCCUCCCCGGACUUUGGGGACACUUGGGGACCCCAUUACGGUCACGUGACCCCUCUGUGACCCUGCCCCCCCCCGGAAAUGGGGGUGCCGCCAUUAAAGAUGGCGCCUUUCCCGUGAUGCCUCUGUGCGGUGACGUCAUGGGGUGUGGCCACCCCCAGUCCGGACCAGUAACUCCCAGUAAAACCUUGGGCCAUCGGUAAUGGCGGCGAACUACAG